AUGACUUCUGCAUCGCUGCCGCCUCAAGCCCCCAUGACCAAAGGCAUUCACAAGAUGGUCAAUGGAGAAGCCGAUGUAUUGUCCUCGUCGAACCCCGCAACACAUUCGUUGCAAGAUGUCUGUGCUGUACUCCACGGGCAGGUGGACGCCUUCCUGUCGGCGGCGCCCGAAAACGACGUGACGAGACGAACACAAGAGCAGACGAGAAUAUCCAUGCAAGUGAUAGAGAAGGCGCUGAACGACUACGACUUCCCGGCCCUCUCCCUCUCCUACAACGGCGGGAAAGACUGUCUCGUCCUCUUGAUCCUGUACCUCGCCGUGCUGCACACGCACUUCUCCAAACCUCCCAAGAACGGCGCUCCCAGGAACGACUUUCCCACCUCCAUCCCCUCCAUCUACGCGAAGCCGCCCGACCCUUUCCCCGCGGUAUCAGAGUUCGUCGAGUACUCGAGCAAACUAUACCACUUGGAUCUGACGCACAUAUCGACGAACCCGGGGCCGAGGAAAAAGGAGCGAAGUCAUUCAAAUCCGCCUCUCUCGUCGUCUCCAAUCUCAACUUCCAGCACCACCCUCCCCGCUUCUUCACCCGCAGCACCCCCAUCCGACAGACCGAUCGUAUCCUUCCGCGACGCCUUCGCCCUCUACCUGUCAUCGCACCCGCAGGUCAAAGCAAUCUUCGUGGGCACGCGAAGGACAGACCCGCACGGCAGCCAUCUCACGCACUUUGACCUUACGGACCAUAACUGGCCCGAGUUCAUGCGCAUUCACCCGGUCAUCGAUUGGCAUCUCAGUGAGAUCUGGUGCUUUUUGCGAUCUCCGUACCUGACCGAUGUGGGCGCGGGUGCGGGAGUGUGUGCCCCCGGGGACCUGCAGGCCCGCUCAGUUCCUCUCAAGUACUGCCAAAUGUAUGAUGAAGGGUACACCAGUCUAGGCGGCGUGAACGACACGGUCAGAAAUCCCAAGUUGCGGUACAUUGACAGCGACGGACGGGAGAGGUAUAAGCCGGCGUACGAGAUGACGUGGGACGAGGGUGAGAGGCUAGGUCGGGAGUGA